CAUAGGAGCCAACGAUUUAUUUAAAUAAUUGGAAAUUUAAAUAAAAGACAUCAGCAAAUUUUAUCUCUCUAUUAAAUUCACUCAUGACAUUAAAUCCUCGAAAUAUCAAAAAAUGGGAAUCACUAAAUAUGUUAAAAGCAACUUUGAAAAAAUCGUGCCAAGCACUCUAUAAAUCUUCAGGAUGAAAAUAUAUUCGCAUAGUAAUCUCGGUCGAAUAUCAAGUAAAAUUUGAUCAUAUUAUGCAUGACAAUGUGAAUGGGAUAAAUACGGCCCUGACUGACUUAAAAGCGGGCACUCUACCGUGAUAAAUUCACCGAUUGCGCGGAGUGGGAUACUGUGUGUACCCGGAGAAAGUGCUGUUAGUUUAUAUAUACGCACCAGGCGCGAGCUAUCGGGACCAUUUUCAAUAUUGCUCUCCGGUAAUUUCGAUCCCCGCGGCUUUCGAAGGUGACGACAGGAUGACGUUGCUGAUCGGUCUGGUCCUGAUUGCCACCUGGACAUCGGCUGUUGUUGCUGAACUACCACCUGGAGUGCAGGCUUGUCCUACGAACAACUUGGCACAGUACGACAGAUGCGUACGGAAGCAACUGGACGCUAUCAUACCGUAUCUAGCCAAGGGGAUCCCGUCUUUAAAGCUCCCAGCUUUGGACCCGUUGUUCCUACCCUCGUUGACGGUGGACAGGAAUCUGGACUCGUUGAAAAUUAAGGCGAACAUGACUCACAUUCGUGUAUACGGAGCGACGAAUUUCCUCAUCGACGAUCUGAAAGCAAAUCCGCGCGACUUGUCGGUUAACAUCAAAGUCCAGCUACCGCACAUUCACGUGAACGGGAACUACGACGUUCAGGGAAGGUUGUUACUGUUACCGUUGAACGGAGGUGGCAGUUUUAAAGGAAAUUUCACCAAUACGGAGGUACUAGUGAAUGCUCAAGGAAAAGAGGUCACUGACAAAAAUGGCAUUGGAAGGAUCGACAUCGAUAAACUGGUAACGAAAAUUCGUGUUGGCGAUGGGAACAUCAGAUUGAAGGCUCCUCCUAGUCACACCGUGGCUGCUGACGCGGCAGCUACGUUCUUCAAUUCGAACCCACGGUUGGUCCUGGACAUCGCGAGCCCGAUCAUCGAGGACACAGCUGCUACUGUUAGCAGAGCGUUGGUCGCGAGAGCGUUAGGCGUGUUAACAAAAGAGGAAUUGUUACCCUAGUCUGCGAGUUUCAUCGGUGGGAAAUUAUCAUAAGUCUGUGGUCGUAAUAUUAAACGUCAUGAGUAGACUCGCGGAUAUUUAUGCAAAAUAAAAUAUUUCUAAUUGCAGAUUAAAAAAUCUGUUUUAAAUAAUGGUUUCAUUUAUCAUUUAAAUAUUCCAAUGUGGACUCUAAUGUUUCCAUUUUAUAAAUUACAUGCAGUAUUUAUCUUUUUUGCAUAUCCAGUUUUAUUAUAAAUGCAUAAAAUCUGCAGUCUAGUCAUAAAUAAUGUAGAAAUUGAAUAUUCGCAACAUUUAUUCAACUUUAUAGUCAUCGUCCGAAUUUGAAACAAACCAGGAUUUCGAAACGAACAGCAACUUUUAAUUCCAUUUUAAUUGUAGCCAAUCGAAAGUGUAAAUAAAAUUAUUUAUAUUUGCGUUUCAUUAAAAAUUAUUAAAAUUUCUUUUCGAUCUGUAAUUGUUAAACGCGACCUGAUGUGAUUAAAGAUAUUAUUAGAAUUAGGAAGGAUGGCUCGUUUGGAGACGAUCGAAGUUCAUUCAUUAAAUUUAAUGAAUCACAAGCUAUCGUUCUUAUAAUUAGACUGUACAUAUAAAUC